AUGGCUCCCGCUCCCGCUCCCCCCUCCUCCAUCUCAUCGGAGGAGGGCCAACCACCAGCCACCAAAAAACCUCCGGCCACCUUCUCGCCGGAGCCAACUCUAGCCACCAGUCCUCUAGACGAGCUCCUCCCCACAGUAGCUCCUCCACCAUCGCCAUUCUUUGACCUGCCUUAUGUGAAAGCCGGGCAGGUUGCGCUCCGCUGCUCCCUGGGCUGUGGCAAUGCCAUGGGCUUGGAGUUCGAGGAUGAUGCCUCGUACUACCUCCGCCUCGACAUCACCACCUCCGCUGUCCACCUCGCCUCGCCGCUCUACAUCAUCUUCCACUACUCCAACCGCCUCCUUGAUGCCACUAUCGUCGCCGCCCUGCUUCAGGCUGUCCUUGGCGGUGCUGCCGCUGAUUUCUUCGUUGCCCAAUGCUCUCCCCUCGUUUAUUGCUUCCAUGUUGCUUCUGCGCGUAUAGCAGAGAUCAUCCUCGCACAAUCCACACUCUGCUUAUGCGCAUACUCCUUCUCUUUUGUGAGAACCCUACCUCCGAUCCCACCUUCUCCGCCCCACAUUGCCACAUGCAUGCCGUUGGCUCACCUGCUCCAAAUUCCAGAGGAUAUGGGUCUCCACUUUGAAAGCGUAGCAUGGGCACAAUGUCGCUCGCUCGUCUCCCAGCGUCCACCAAACCAACCGCAUGGAUGCCGCAUGUAUGCGCGCGUCAUACAGUUCCCUUUCACCAUUGAUGCCACCACGAUGGGUCUCAUCCUAGCUUGCCUAUUCGGCGGCAUCCACCACCAAUUCAACGUCACGGACGACGGAGAUUCCUGCUUCUCUUUCACUAUGGCUUCGACUGGCGUUGCCGCGCUCAUCGCUUCUAUGGGUGACUUUCACAAGCUGGGCAUCCUACUCCGCUUCCCUUGGCGUGCGCCUACGGGGCGUGCUUCAUGCUCACCAUCGGGGUCGGCCUCGCCGUCGUCUAUCGGGCCUACGUCUUCCUCGCCGACGGCAGUCGAUCCUGCUCUGCUGCCACCUGCGUCCACAACUAUUGUUCUCUCUAAGGAGCGUCAUCAACGGCCUGGUAUAAGCUUUUCUACCGCCUAA